CCUUCCCCAACCCCCUCCGUCGCCUCCCUGUGUCCCUAGUCCCUACCUCGCCUCUGACAAGCGGGCCCCACCUGUCAUCCUCUCCCUCUCCUCUGCCUGCCGCCGCUCGCCGGACGGCAGGGCGUCGACGGCCCCGUUACCUCCUCCCGCUCCGGCAUCCGCCUCCGCGUCGUCCACCGUUGAUCCGAGCCGGCUGCUCCCGCUCCGCCUCCCCGCGCCGAUCGCCUACUCCGCCUCCGCCUCCUCCUCCUAGGGUUUCGCCCCUCUCCUCGCUCCUCGCGGCUCCAAGGAGGCGGCCCCAGAGAUCUCGAUCUCCCCGGUCUCAGGCCCUCGCUCCCGCUCCGUUGGUUGUUUCCACUCGAUUUGGCUCGAGGAAUUAGUGGCGUGUCCCGGCGCAGGAGCUAGCUCGCAGAGAGGAGGGGCCAUGGCCUCGAGCCUGCUCUCCACGGACAAGAGAUGGGCUGCUCCUACAAGGAAAUCUGGUAUGACUGUUCUAGGAAAAGUCCCAAAACCGAUUAAUUUACCAAGUCAGAGAUUGGAAAACAAUGGUCUUGAUCCCAAUCUGGAAAUUGUUCCAAAGGGCACCCUCACUUGGGGCAGCAAACCAACACCUACAACACCAAAUGCAUGGGGUUCCUCGUCAAUUCUGUCAACCAAGAAUGAUGGAAGCUCCAGUUCAUCCAGCCACUUCAAUGGUCGGCCCUCUUCUGGGGGAGGCUCAAGGCCAUCAACAGCUGGAAGUGAAUCGCUUGGUUCAACCAAUGCAUGGGGUCCGAAUUCUCGUCCAUCUUCAGCAUCAGGCACAUUUCCAUCACCUCAUUUACCAAUGGCCACAAAUCGUCCUCGAAGCGCGGAAACAAGACCAGGAAGUUCACAGCUUUCUCGUUUCGCAGAUAACGCUUUUGAGAAUGUGAAAGCAUUGAUAAGGACUAUUGACAGAUCGGGAUCUUCAUCACAUGGGCAUGGGUUCACUCUAAGUACCGUUGAUUUCCCAACACUUGGCUCUGAAGUAAACAGUCAACGAGGUCAUAGUUCGAAAGGGCGCCCAACUUCUAGUUCGGGUAAAGAGGCAUCGCAAACUGAACAAGGGAAGAGCCUAACAGCUGGAUCUGAUGAGGUAAUUUCGCCAUCCAAUAAUCAUCCUGUUGAUAUCAUGAAGACAGAGCAUCAUGCACAAACUGGAGGUGCUCCUGCCCCCGCCACAAGUCUGCCAAAUGAAGGCCUGCAACCACAGCCAUACCCUCCUAAUUUCCGUAUGCCUCCUCCACAGUUUGAUUCAUGGCAUGCACCUCCUGGUCACCCACCUGAGGGAAUGUGGCAUAGAGGAGCAGCACCAGGUGGCCCAUACAGACCUGUAGGCUCCCCUGGCAGUUUCCCUGUUGAAGCAUUUGGUUAUUAUGGUCAGUUCCCACCCAAUUCUGAAGCAGCAGCAAGGCAGGGCUCGGGGCGUGGUGGAUAUCACUCUAAAAAUGGAGACACUUAUCAUCCUAUGCCUCCUAAUUCCUAUAUUAUGAAUCAACCUGUUAUUCCAGUGAGACCAAUUUAUCAGGGUCCAGAGGCUUAUGAUGGAUAUUAUGCUCCUCGAGCAAAUUUCAAUAAUGCCAAUGUGAGAGAUCCACAUUUCGUUGGAGGUCCUCAUCAACCAGGAAUAUUGAAUCAAUUCCCAAAUCAGAAUGACAGGUUCCACCCUGGACAUUCUCAGAGCAGACCAGCCAAACAUGAAACAGUUCCUAGGGAGCAGCUAGAAUCUGAUAAAGUACAUGUGUAUCGUCGAGGACAGCCUAGGAUUUUGCAUGAUAACCCUGAUCGCCUAGGAGGUACCCAUGAAGUUGAAAGGAAUGUGCAACCAACACCACCACUUCUUCCACAUCCUGAUGGAGACCGGACUGAUGUGAACAUGAGGACAGAUAUAAGGGAUACCUUUGAAAGAAACAGGGUACUUACAAAGUCGGUGCCUGACCAGAGAGGUCCAGACGGUGCAGACCAUUCAUCUGUUUUUGAAAAUGCACAUUCCCAGCCCAGGGAAACUGGUGAUGUCACUCUGUGCAAGAAAUUCAAGGAGGAUAACUCAGUUACACGUGAUCAGCAACCUGUCAUUAAGAAGAAUGCAGCUUUAAUAGAGAAAAUUGAGAGUUUGAACAAUAAGGCUAGAAAUGUUGAUGCACCUAAUGUCCCAGAACCAUCUUCAUCCAAGGAGUUCAAGAGGCAGCAAAAAAGCACUGAUUCAAAGGCAGAUCAAGUGAUUAAAGAUGUUUCGUCCACUGUCAUUGCUGGUAUUGUUUCUGCUUCUGAUCAGGUGGCUUCUGUUUCUCAUAUUUCUCCUGUGCUGCAGAGACUACCAAAUGUGCCUACUGAUGGUACAAUUGUUGGACCGUCACACUCACAGUUAGCUGAAUUCAGCAAAACUGGAAAGCUUGGCAAUUCAAUUAAUGAUCAUGCGCAUAGGAGAGACGAUUCGUCAAGAAACAAUCACCAUGGUCCUGCUAAAGACAGGUCACCUAAUAAGUUUGCUGGUCAUGGACGGGGUGAAAGUUCCACAACUGAUUCUUUACCGGUAGUUGAUUUGAGGAAUAAUAGUCAGCAUGGCCAACCACCUGACACUGCUUCACAGCUGCAACCUGUGACAGUAACUGAUGAUAUACCAGCUUCACUCGACUAUGAGUCUCAGCGUGCAAAAAUGAGAGAGUUGGCUGCACAACGUGCAAAAAAGUUGCAAGCCGAGGAGGAGGAGCGAAUAAAGAACCAAAAAGCAAAAGCUCUUGCGAAAUUGGAAGAACUGAACAGACGGUCAUCAGUACUUCAGAAGAAAUCAAAUGAUGCGAAAGUAGAAACUGAUGAUGCGCAUAUUAAGGAAAAGGCUGUACUUGAUGUGACUGCUAAACUUGCCACUUCAACUGCUGAACUACCUGAUAUUACUCCACCUGCUAGUCUUACUGCUCUUCAGCCUCCUACCGAUCCCAUGUAUAGUGUGGUUCUUGUACACUCUCCGUCUACUACACUAUCACAUUCUGCAGGUGAUGGCGAAGACCCUGUUGCUCAUGCCACUUCAUCCUCAGCUAGGAACACACAGAGCAACACGGAGCAUGUUGUGCAGAAAAAUAUCUCACAAUCACAUGACAUCAGUGUUACAAAGCCUAGGCAAGGCUACAGAAGAAGACAUGUUUCAGAGGAGGAAAUUCCUGGCAAGAAGCCAAGCGUUCCAGUAAGCACUGGAAAUGCUAAGAAAAAUAUUGAGGUUUCUUUUGACACAACAACGGCUGUUGUUACAUCACAUGAUCCCCCAGUCCAGAACAAGAAGGGUGCCCGACAUUUGAGAAGUAAGAAAAAGGUGGAUGAUGCUUCAGUUACUUCUAAACAUCCACCUGUGGUGUUUAAUGAGCAGAAUACAGUGAAAGUCUCUAGUGAGCCAAAGACACAUACUGGUGGUGUUAUCAUCAAUAGCUCUAUAGUUUCCACUGAAGGUACUAUUGUCACUGUGGGAAGUAUAACUGUGGGUGGAAUUUCGCUUGCAUCUUUGAAUCAAGAGCGUGUUAAAUCACCAGAUGGAGCACAGAAUACAGAAAACAGCCGAUCAAGAUCUGAGCAAGCAACAAGAUCAGGAAAACAUCAGCAUGCUGUUCGUCCUGUUGAGAAGCCACGUGGGAAUGAAGGUGUCUUGUGGGCACCAGUUAAGCCAUCAGGACAGAAUGAACAAUCUGACGGAGCCAUGCUGAACACAGCAGUAGCUGAUUCCACUCAACCAGCUGGGAAGCUCUCCAAUGAUGGGGAGAAUGUUACAAGAACAAAGAGGGCUGAAAUGGAAAGAUAUGUACCUAAGCUUCUGUCCAAAGAGCUGCAACAGCAGAAUCUGGGGCCAACUUUACAGUCAGAAAAAACAUGCGGGGACAACAAGAGUCAUGAUAAGGAAGCAAUUGAGAAGUCCAGUGCUGCUAAAUUCGAUGCCACAACCGAACCCAGGAAAUGGGAGGACAAGAAAACUAGUAAGGGACAUGGAAAAUCUCAUCCAUCUUGGCGCAGAAGGAAUACAGAUGAAUCAGCUUCGGUGGUACCGAAUCCUAUUGAGCAAGCAGACAACUCUCAUGAAUCAAAGGAAGUUCAGAAGUCUGCUGAUCAGAACCAGCCAAUUGAACCCAACAAGCAAGAAGAUAAGCAGUUAAAAUCCAAGGUUGAUACUUCUGCUGAGAACAGUUCAGCUUCAGCGCAAACAGUUUCAUUACCUGUUAGUGCUGCAAAAGAACAUAAUGCAGCUAACAGGCAAAGGCGACAGCAUGUUAAGGCAAGUAACUACUCAAAUGAGAGCAAAGAUAGAGAGGGCAGGAAUGACUUUGUCCAUCAAUCAGCAACAACGGCCAUGGAUUCAAACUCAUCCGAUCAUAGGAACAUUUCAAGAACUGAUGUGAAAAGCAGCGGGGUAGUUUCACAUUCUAGAGGGCACUGGAAACCUAAAUCCAACUCCCAUCCUCAGAACAGCUCAGAUGGCAAUAGUGGUGUUGAAGGGCAAGUGGAUUCCCAUGGAGGUAGGUUUGAGAUGAACAGCUCCAAAGGAUCUGAUAAUACUACCCGUCAAGACAGCAGUGGUAAACCAAUUAAAAGGAGUGAUGGCAUUGACGAAAAGGAUGCGCACAACGAACAGGAGAACUUGACACGGGAAGAUGGUAACCAUGCAGAACAGCAGCAGGUUAAUCCUCCACUACGUCGGCAGGGCCACCACAACGGGAGGUACAACAGAGGUGGUAUGCACAGGGGAAGGGGUUAUGAUGCUGGGAGGUCAGGCCAUGGCACAAAUGCAGAAAGGCAGAAGGGUGGCAGUCAUCUUGAGUACCAGCCAGUUGGAUCCUACAAACCCGCAGACUUCCAGCAGAAUCCAAGCGUUGAUGAACGGACCGAGGGGCCUCCCGCUUCAGGACCCGCGUUCAGGGAGCACGGCCACAACAGGGGGCCACGCCCAGCAGGUCACUUUGUCAGGCGAAACCCUGCCUCGGCGUCAACUACUAAUUCUUACCAAGACGAAUAAUUUUCCAUGGCCCCCACGACUGCUGAGCUACAAAAACUCGGCUUUUGUCCGAUAUUUCACAACAGGUAGGUGAAUGCGUCUUUCUGGCAUGUACAUGGAGCAUGCUCGAUCUCAGCCCCCUCAUGGCUGACAUGUUCUGGGGUUAGCACGUUGGACGCGCUCGGGCGGCGGGUACCCGUCGUCUAUGGUGGUGAGUAGUGGGAUGUAGCGAUAAUGAUCUUUGUUCCCCAGGGCCGUUGGGCCCUCACGUGUGUAUGUUAAUUGUUAUGAAGAACAUCCCUUGCUUCGGUGAGAUGCGAUGUUGGAAUGUGUGCUGACAGAGUUGUUUUUAAUAUCUAGGUUUCAAUGUUGUUAGUAUGUGCUAAUGGGAACGGGAAGUGUUCGUUUUUGCC